CGAGGCCCACGUGAGCUCCAGAAGCCAAUCACAAAAGGGGGAGGAGACGAAGGCGGGAGGAGAAGACAAUGAAACGGGAUCGUAAGCCGUUGAGUGAGGCGCGUGCGCCGGGUAGGCGGGGCCAGAGUGGCGGUUGGAAAAGCCGCCGCCUCAGUUAGGGAUUGGCUGCCUGUUUCCAGGGCGGGGGAAAGGCAGAGGGGAAGCGGAGGAUGGAGUUGCGGGCGGAAUUGACGGGCCGCGACGGGCUGAAGCGGCCGCUGAGGGUCCGUUGCGAGCCGCCGGGAGAGCUGCGGGGCCUGCUCAGCGGCCUAGCUCAGCUGCGGGAACAGGUCUCCACGCUGCUUGGUCCCCUGGUGCAGCAGGAGAGCGGCGCCGGCGACCGAGCCGGGCCUGGAGGUGAGGAGGCCCCGGACUCGGCCACGAGUUCCCGCCUCGCCCGAGAGGAGAGGAAAGAGGCCUCGUCCUGCUUCCUAGCAACCAAGUGCCCCUUUGGAUACUUGGAACUCAGCAGCAGGUGGAGCCUCCUCAGAUGCCACAACAAAGCCUUUCGGUUCUUACUUUGGCUGUUUUGAAUUUACUGACAUGUCUGUAUGUUUGUAUUUGUAUAUUUGUCCUCUGUUUUGAAUGUCCGGGCACCCCGUUGUGGGAAAGAGGCAUAUAAAUAAAAUCAGUGAAAGGGCAAUGGAUCACUCGGUUGGUUGGAGCGUGGUGCUGAUAACGCCAAGGUUGCAGGUUCAGGGCCUGUAAUGGGACAGCUGCAUAUUCCUGCGUUGCAGGGGGUUGGACGAGAUGAUCCUCAGGGUCCCUUCCAAUUCUACAAUUCUAUGACUUUGUGAAAUCAAAAGAAUAAAAAUGUAGAAUAGGCAUAAUUAGCUAAUGUACAUUGAUUUCGCUGGGUUUACCCUGAGCUUUAACUUCAACACCAUUUGAGAAUUCCAAUAGAGUCUACAGUGGUACCUCGGGUUAAGAACUUAAUUCGUUCUGGAGGUCUGUUCUUAACCUGAAACUGUUCUUAACCUGAAGCACCACUUUAGCUAAUGGGGCCUCCCACUGUCGCCGCACGAUUUCUGUUCUCAUCCUGAAGCAAAGUUCUUAACCCGAGGUACUAUUUCUGGGUUAGCGGAGUCUAUAACCUGAAACGUAUGUAACCUGAAGCGUAUGUAACCCGAGGUACCACUGUAUACCACUUUAUUAUCAACAUGUAAUUCUGCAUGUGCAGACCAGGUCUAUGCUAAUAUACCUCUUGUAUGAUCUGGUGAGGACCUAAAGCCCUAAAGCUUUGGACUACAGUUACCAUAGUCUCCAAAAACUCUUAUCAGUGGGGUUGAUCAGAGUUGUAUCAGAGUUGUUGAGAGUUGAUCAGAGUUGUUGAGAGCCAGUGUGGUGUAGUGGUUAAGAGCGGUAGUCUCGUAAUCUGGGGAACCGGGUUCGCGUCUCCGCUCCUCCACAUGCAGCUGCUGGGUGACCUUGGGCCAGUCACACUUCUCUGAAGUCUCUCAGCCCCACUCACCUCACAGAGUGUUUGUUGUGGGGGAGGAAGGGAAAGGAGAAUGUUAGCCGCUUUGAGACUCCUUAAAGGGAGUGAAAGGCGGGAUAUCAAAUCCAAACUCUUCUUCUUCUUCUUGUAGUCCAAUAUCUGGUAGGCCACACAAGUUUCCUAUCCAUUGUGUACAAACACUUUGCAUAUACAUUCCUAACUCUUGAACAUGCCUCUUGCAAAAGUAUACUCAACUGCUAGUAUCCCUUGACUUAUACCCAGUUCAAGCAACACCAAAAUAAAAUAAAAAAUCUAAAAUUUGAAAAUCAUAGAACUGUAGAGUUGCAUGGGGCUACAAAGCUCAUCUAGUCCAGCCCCCUGCAAUGCAGGAAUCUUACACCCAAUGUGGGGCUCAAACCCACAACCAUGGGACUAAGUCUCAUGCUCUACCAACUGAGCUACCCAGCCUCAUAAAAUGUUAGUUAAACUCAGCAAAUGGAAUGAGAAGUUAAGUGUAGGCAUUCAUAGGGAACUAGUUUAGCUAUCUUAGCAGAUUUCAUAUGAAAUGUUUUUCUUUUAGGUGGUGAUGAUGAUGAACAGGAUGAUGAUGAUGAUGAUGAUGAUGAAGAAAAUCAUGUCAUUGCCAAAGCAUGUGCUGACGGACCACCAUUAAAAAGGAUAAAAACACAGUCCUGAUGAAAACUACAAACAUUUUUCUACUGAAUUUGAGUUUAAUCAUAUACACACUUUCCCUCUGGAAAAAUUCUGGGAUGUUUUGUUAAAACACAGUCCUGAUGAAAACUGCAGGUUUUUUUCUACAGAAUUUGAGUUUUGUUUUCUAGACACUUUCCUCCCGAGGAAACUUCUGGGCUACUUUUUAAACUAGAAAUGCACUGUCCUUUUUAUUAUUUACCGUUACCACAAAUCAAAAGGGAAGCUUAUUUGUGGAGUAUUAUGUGAAAUACUGAAGCAACCAAGUAAAAGACCAUGUAUAUAAGAAAGAAUUAUCUCCCUUCUCUGAGGGGAAAGGGCCUGUAGUGGUAUUGAAAUAAAUUAGAAAGAGUUGUUUAUUUUCAUUACUAUCUUCAUAAAUAAACUGGGAGUAGAAAGUAAGGAAGUAAUAGAGGGGAAAGAUUGUUAAAAGAGAAAGAAGUCAAUGUAAAAAGAGCAGGCAGGAGGAAUGGAAGUAAUGACACUUCGGAGCAGAAAGAGGAAAUAAGGUAUGAACAUGAAAGAAGAACGGGAGAAAAAAUUAUGAGUAAAAAAUACUUUGCGAUAUAUGGGGUGGGAAGGGGGGAAAUAGAAAAGAGCCUCUUCUAUUUUAAGUCACUUAGAGCAAAUUCUUCCUGAAAUGGGGAAGCUGAAUCACAGUAUCUCCAGUAGCUGCACUUAGCUUGAGAAAAGUUGAACUAUAGAAUUCAUUUCCAGUAGGAAACUGCUGUAGCAAAGAAUCUAGCAAUUUCCCAAGAUGGAUUAGAUACCAAUAGAAAAUGGUGUCCACAAUUGCCAGCUGAUUGUGCUAAACUGCCUGCAUAUCCUAAUCCUCUCAUUGAAGUGAUAAAAAAAAUUAAAACUUAUUAACAAUUCUAGUAAUGACAAAAGUGAUGCCAACUAAGAUCGAUCUCUGAAGGCUUUCUGAAAGAAUAAAGUAUUCAGUGGAGGCUGAAAAGACAAGCAAGAUGGUACAUGUGUAACAGUCAACAGGCUUAUAUGACUGGUUCUGUCCCUGCACCUCCAUUUUGGCAGCUUUGUUUAGGAAAGUUUUUAAUGUUUGAUGUUUUAUCGUGUUUGCUGGGAGCUGCUCAGAGUGGCCGGGGAAGCCUAGCCAUAUGGGCGGGGAAUAAAUUAUUAUUAUUAUUAGUCACUGAUGGGCCUCAGUAAUUGUCACCUUUUAAUUGAGCCCUGGGAGUAGAGAGUUUUGAGAACCUCCUGUCUUAAGGACAACUUCUAAUGUGACAUUUGUCUAUGGCAUUACCUAAGAAUGAAAGACCACGAGAAUUUUACAUUUCAAUAAUACUUUAAGUUCUUUCUGUGGUAGAUUUUUAAAAAAUUAAAUUAAGUAUCCCUUUAAUAGAGCCUGGGGCAGAACAAUAACUCAAAAGUAAUUCAAACAAACGUAUCAAAGACUACACUUGUAAUCUAUGACUAAAUCAAAUACAUUUAAAGAUGUUUCCCGUGUAAAUAAACAGUUGGAGACAAAGAAAAUGUGCCUGGGCAUGUGCAUCAAGCAUUCACAAUACAACGAAGUAGAAUAUAUCAUGAACUGUGUUCGUUUAUAUGCUGUCAAAGUGUUUACUUUCCAUGACAUGCAUUAAAACUGCUGUCACUCAGAUACAAUGCUAGCUACUGUUGAGUAUUACACAAAUAUGCUUCAUGCCAGUCACCUUCCUCUCUGGAAGAUGAGAUUAAAUGCUUUUGCUUCUGUUUCUAUACAACAGUUUAACAUUAUGUCUGAACCUAGGCAAAGCUAUGGUUUACCGAAAGAAGCCAACUUCAAACUGGCUUAUAAAAUCUUGUUUCAAUGAACCAUAAUUAAAACCAAUCACAGUGCAGGGUUUGGACAUAACCUUAAAUUGGGGUGCCAAUCAUUUUGGACCAGUAUGCAAGUGCUGUGGGUGCCAGUCUCAAAAUGGCUGCCAUGGGGUCAUGCUACUCCCCACAUCCUGGCCAAAUUCACGCUUGCUGUGGGAAGUCAACUGUGUCAUGCUGGUCCUCAUUGUGGAGAACACACAAUACUGAUUCCACACAAACACCAUGAUUUUGUUGCUAUCUAGUAACAGGAAGUCUUCCCCAGUACCAAGAAAAAUAUCCAAGAUGGACACAGCAUGCUUGAGCAUUCCCCCAUCCCCAAAAUUCCCAAAAGCCCCUCCACAGGUUAAGAAAGCACCUAUCAGUUAAGAAAAAACCCUUUCCCCUCAAAACACACGGAUCACCAGCCUGGCACCAUGGGCUCUGGGUCUUUACAUACAUAUAAACAGACAAAUUAUGUAUAAAAGCAUGUCAAUUGUUUAUGCUCCUUGGUAGCAUAAAGGCUCUAUUGAGUUGUAGCAACCAAUUAGUAGACUGGUUGUCUAACAAGGCACUGGCUUGUAACCAAGAAAGUAAUGAUUUGGUGCAGUUCAAAAGAAUCUGGACAGUAAUUUAUAAGACUCUUGUGUGAAUGUUCCAGCAAGGGAUUUGUUUUUGCGUUGACAAGGAAAAAAAGUUGGCUCAAACAGGCCAAGGGGUGGACUUCGCUUUCCUCCUGCCUGGCUCCAGGGACGCCUAGCUAAUAAGGGAAUCUGUUCUGGGAGAGAAUUAACCUACCAUUCCCAAGUGUUUCUCACAGUUCAGAUUAUAUAGGUUGGGUGGCUUAGUUUUAUUCAGUGUAGAAAUAAAAUAACUUCAGUGAAGAAGUGAUAUAUAAAUAGCUCAAAUACUAGUCUUCAAAUCCAUCACAAAAGCUGUCAAGAAUCUGCAAUGAAUGAUAGAGGUAGCACUGGUCAGUGUUAAUGCAAAGGUUGCUUAAAUUAAAGCUGAGCUUCCAGUUGCCUUGCAGUCACACCUUGUUUCUAAGAGGCAUGAGUGCUUCCAUUUGGGCUAUUGGGCAUUUCUUAUGUCUCAGUGAAGUAGCAACCAAGUUUAUUAGAUGCUGGGGCAUGGAUUUUCUCACCAGACUACUGUAUGUUCCAUAAAACAAGUAUGACUGCCAUGUUCAGUAAGCCAAUAGCAAGAUUAAACAGAUUCAGAUGGCCCACCUGACAAAACAGCACUCAUUUGACACAGUCCAUGUUCAUGGAUGGUAUUACUAGCAUGUAGGUGCUAUAACAAAGAUGAAGCAAGAACCUUUUAAAAGUUAUGCCUGUGAUGAACUGGCUGCUGCAUAUGGGAGUUGUAUUUAAUGGAACAAUUUUUACAAGCACACUUAUAGUGACUGCAGGCUUAAUUUUCUAACUGCUCUACUAUUCAGAGGAGCUGAUUUCAUGUGAAAUGUAUGAAGCAGCAAUAUUAAAGGGCAAAGUCCACAGAAAUGAAAACAUUGUUCCCGUUGCAUCCAAAUCAGGUCCACAUGAAAUCCAAUUUAGAAAACACUUUUCCUUGGAAAUCCUUAGCGUCACAUAUCGCUCUAAUAAAUAUCAGCCAGAAAAUGCCAUACAUUUCUGACUGUGCAAUGAGUUGCACUGCAUAUAAACUCUUCUAUACACUAACCUAAUUUUUCCCUAAAAUUGUAGAAAAUGUGGGGAAUGUGCCUGACUAGGUCCACAAAUUCAAAACCCUUCAUUCUUGCUUACUUGAAUGGCUACCUAGCUACACUGAACACAAUUGAUCCAAGCAGCCACAAUGGAUGCAACAGAGAUAUACAGCCAUCCAAUGUUUCCCUGUUCAGCUGUAGACAGAAGAAUUUGAUCUGCCUGGACAGCCAAAAACAAGAUUUUACUAGUGAACUGUGCAUAUAUAUAUAAUGGGUGAGUAGCCAGGGAGGUUGAGAAGUCAUGAAAUUAAAAAAGGCAAAGGAUUUUUUUCCACUGCUUUUUUUCCCCACUGCUUUUUUUUUCCAUUAUGCCAUUACUAGUGAUUUUGUAGCAAGGAGCAUGCCAUGCAGAGAGAGUAGAACACUUUUAUGGCAGUCAUUAAAUUAGUCAAGCAAAUAAAGUGCUUGGACUUAGCAGGGCUAACAUCUCUUGGGACUUGUUGCUAGUAACAUACUCAUAUUUAUACCAAAUGAAAUGAGUAACCUCUGGUUUGAUAGAAACCAGGCCACAGGAGGAUGCUAAAGUACAUCAUCUCAGUUGCAGUUAACUGCAUUUCCCCUCAGAUGCCAUGCAAUUAGAAGGACAACUGGUAUAUCUGAAGUACUUUACUAAAAAAAAGGGGGGGGGGAGAGACUUAGAUUAUGCAGAUAUCUAUACUCACAUUGAGCAAAUAAUGUAGAUAAAACAGCUCCUGCUGAAACAUUUACAUUAUAAAACUACUUUCUGUAUUAGCAAAUACUGAGAAUUUUCUACUUGGUAAAUUGGUGUUGGUUUCUGGGUUUAUUACUGUGGUUUGGAUGUUGGUUUUAAUGUUUGAUGGCUGUUUUAUUGGAUAGAGCAGGGGUCUGCAACCUUUAAGACAAAAAGAGCCACUUGGACCCGUUUCCGAAGAAAAAAAAACUGGGAGCUGCAAAACUCGUCAUUAUAAAAAUAACUUUUUUGUCACUUUAUUAUUUCUUUGUUUGACCCCUCAGAAUUACUCCUCCUCAUAGAAAUAAACGUUAAAUUAACAAGUUA